GCGGUUCAUGCAGCUGCAUAUGUAAUUGCUUGCUGCGACGAGUGACUUACCUCAUGCAUCGAGCAUUUAGAACUUGAAAUUCAGUUGGUGAAGGCUUGUUGUGGAGGAUGGAGCAGUCUGCACCGUUGGUGCCCUGAUCUGAAAGAUGUAGGAAGAGUGACCGCAGACAGUACCGUCACAAACUCAUCAAGAUGUCCCAUGGAACCUUAUCCCCUCCCUUCUUUGUCGCUCUGGCGACGAUGGCCAGCUGGACCAUUCUCUUCAUCAUGGGGCACAUUCGGGACUUGUUUAGGCGGCGAUAUAGUCCAGAGAGAAAGGGCUAUGCUCCUAUACGACAGGACUAUGAGGAUUUCUACACACGGCGCAUGUUCUACAGGAUACAUGACUGUUGGAACAGACCGAUCUGCAGCGCACCAGACUCUCACAUCGACGUCAUGGAGCGAACUGCCGUAUCUGGUCAGAAGCCCUUGACUUUGACCGGUCGAGUGAGGCGCUGCCUCAACCUGGGCUCAUACAACUACCUGGGCUUUGCAGCGUCAGACGAGUAUUGCACGCCGCGUGUGCAGGACGCCAUGAACUCAUAUGGAUGGGCCAUGUGCAGUUCCCGCCUUGAUGCAGGUACCACACCGGUGCAUCUGGAGUUGGAGGCAGCGGUGGCAGACUUUGUGGGGAAGGAGGCGGCGCUGACGUUCGGCAUGGGGUUUGCCACAAACAGCAUUGUGCUGCCUGCGCUCGUGGGCAAGGGCGGCCUCAUCAUCAGCGACUCUCUGAACCACGCCUCCAUUGUGGCUGGUUCCCGAGGCUCUGGGGCUAAGGUCAAGGUGUUUGCCCACAACGAUGUGGAGCAUCUGGAGUUGGUGCUGUGGAGGGCUAUAGCGGAGGGGCAGCCUCGCACGCGGCGGCCCUGGAAAAAGAUCCUGAUCGUGGUGGAGGGCGUGUACAGCAUGGAGGGGGAGUCUGCCAAGCUGGCAGCCAUUGUGGCCGUCAAGAAGAAGUACAAGGCGUACUUGUAUUUGGACGAGGCUCACAGCAUCGGGGCGCUGGGCAAGGGCGGCCGGGGGGUGUGCGAGGCGCAGGGCGUGGACCCAGCCGAUGUGGACAUCAUGAUGGGCACCUUCACCAAGUCCUUUGGCUCCUGCGGCGGCUACAUCGCCGGGGACAGGGACCUGAUCGCGUACCUGCGGAGCGUGGCGCCAGGGCACUACUAUGCGACGAGCAUGGCGCCGCCGGCAGCGCAGCAGAUCAUCGCCGCGCUGCAGGUGGUGAGCGGCCAGGACGGCACGGACCGCGGCUCGCGCAAGAUCGCGGCACUGCACGAGAAUAGCAACUACUUCCGCCGCCGCCUGCUGGACAUGGGCUGCAAUGUGCUCGGCGACUGGGACUCCCCAGUCAUGCCGCUGAUGCUGUUCAACCCGGGGAAGAUUGCGGCGACGUCGCGGCUGUGCUGGGAGCGCGGGGUGGCGCUCGUGGUGGUGGGCUUCCCGGCCACGCCGCUGCUGACGGCUCGCGCGCGCAUCUGCAUCUCCGCCUCCCACACCCGCAAGGACCUCGACUACGCCCUCGAGGUGCUGAGUGAGGCAUGCGAUCUGGUGAUGACAAAGUACAACGCCAGCAAGACAAUGCUGUCACACGGAGCGCAGGUCAUUAUGAAUGGCCACUGACGGAAUCUGCCGAGCGUAUAUACGGUACAUAUAUCUGUUCCAGCCACCAGCAUUGUUUAGCAGCAUUGCAGUAAUCUGUGAUCAGCUGGGCUCAUUCAGCCGGCCUUGCAGCUGCGGAUGAAGCGCUUCUGCCGUGAUGUUUGGGGUGUUUGCCCCUGAUACUUUUAUACGUUGCAAUGCUCAAGGACAGACUUGAGCAGAGUGACGUGCUGGUAGGCACAAAUAAUGGAAGAGCGCCAUGGCUAGCCAGCGCUGAUACCAUGUGCCUGUAGACAAUUUGAUAUGCCACACAUGUGGGACUUUCUUUCCUGGGAGGUUGUUAUUUGACACGCUCGCUUCCAAGGGCAUUGACAAAGGUUUGUGGAUGAAUACUGCUUUCCAAGCAAGCUAUAUUACUGAUGUGCCAUCAAGAAUGUGGGCUCUGCAGCUAGUCCUGACCCCGCUGCCCAGUGCUGGUGGGACACUUGUGGGCGGCACCAGCCAGAUAUUGGUAGAUGGUUGCUUGCCAAGUGGGUGUCACCACCAUGAUGAGAGUUGCAGGUGAAUAUAUACCUAGGCCGCCGGGGUUCAUCCGUCGCACACUGAUAACGUGCUAUCUGUAAGACACCCAGGUCUCUGAC